AUGUGUUGAACCAAAGAGCUAGGGCAAAUAACUGUAGAAAAGCCAUGUCCCAAAAGAAAGAGUUCUUGAUAAUACUAAUAUUAUUUAUCUUAGUUCUUGUCCCAUUUUGUACUUCAAUUGAUUCCAUCUCCUUCAACCAGUCUCUAAAAUAUGGACAUAUGUUAUUUGCUCUUGGUUUCUUUAGCCCUGGAAAUUCCAACAAAACAUAUGUUGGAAUUUGGUACAAUAAUGUCCCUGAACAAACUGUUGUUUGGGUUGCAAACAGAGAUAAUCCAAUCAAUAGCACAUCUGGAAUUUUUAGUAUUAACCCCACAGGAAAUCUUGAAAUACUUGACAAAAAAACCAAGAAUUUGGCCUGGAAAACCAAUAUUAUUUCUUCAGCUACUAUAAGAGGAAACUCCUACUCUGCUCAGCUUUUGGAUUCAGGGAAUUUUGUGUUGUUUCAGGACUCAAAAAAGGAAGUUGUUGUAUGGCAAAGUUUUGAUUAUCCUACAAAUACUAUACUUCCUAACAUGAAAUUUGGGAAUGACAAGAAAACCGGUCUGAACCGGUCUCUAACAUCUUGGAAAUCGAUGGAAGACCCCGGUUCGGGGGAGUAUGUGUACAAGAUUGAGAUCAAUGGUAUAAUACCACAAAUUUUCCUGUACAAGAAUUCUAACAGGAUAUGGCGAACCGGACCCUGGACUGGUCUUGGCUGGAGUGGGGUACCAGAAAUGAAACCUGGAUAUAUUUUCAGUAUCAACUAUGUUGAUAAUGAUAGUGAGGUCAGUGUAACAUUCAGUAUGCGCGACUCUGCAAUCUCAAGAUUAGUACUAAAUGAAUCAGGGGUGAUGAAUAUAUUGAACUGGCAAGAGAGCGCGCAGAAAUGGGUUCAGUUUUGGUACGCGCCUAAGGACCCGUGUGAUAACUAUGUACAUUGUGGCAAAAAUAGUAAUUGCAACUUGUACAAUUUGGCUGAAUUUGAAUGUAGUUGUCUUCUUGGGUACGAGCCAAGUGAUAAUCGGUCAUGGUACUUGAGAGACGGUUCCCAUGGAUGCUUAAGGAAGAAGGACGAAAACGUUUGCAAAAAUGGCGAGGGGUUUGCAAAAUUGACCAAUGUAAAGAUCCCGGAUACGUACACUGCUAUUUUAAACAAGAGUAUGGGAUUGCAAGAAUGUGAGCAAUUAUGUCUCAAUAAUUGUUCGUGCACAGCUUACGCGAGUGCUAAUGUUAGUGUAGGAGGAAUCGGAUGUAUCACUUGGUAUGGUGACUUAAUAGAUACAAGGGAGUUUACAGAUGGUGGCCAAGAUUUCUAUAUCCGAGUAUCUGCAUCUACUUUGGCUCAAUUCUUGGAGAAAUCAAAUGGCUAUCACGGGAAAAGAACAAUAUCAAUUGUAACAGUGUGCAUUUCUGGAAUACUCAUAGCACUAUUGAUCGCUUGUUGUUUGGUAAUAAGGAAAACGAGAAAAGAUAAAGAGGACCAGUUCACCAGUUUGAUUACUUUGAAAAGGAAUUUAGCAUCAUAUGAGAACUCUUCAAGAGGCAAUGAGAUAGAUGGAAGUGAACAUGUUGAUCUGUUAAUCUAUGAUCUAAACACUAUUAUUUCAGCCACUGAUGAUUUCUCCGAUGCUAAUAAACUCGGUGAAGGAGGAUUUGGCAGUGUUUACAAGGGUCAGCUAAAUAAUGGACAAGAAAUUGCUGUCAAAAGACUUUCGAAAACUUCAGGGCAAGGAGUUGAGGAAUUCAAGAAUGAAGUAACGUUAAUCGCGAAAGUACAACACAGAAAUCUUGUGAAGCUUUUAGGAUGUUGCAUACAAAAAGGAGAGAAGAUGUUGGUAUAUGAAUACUUGCCAAACAAAGGCUUGGACAAUAAUAUCUUUGAUAAAACAAAAGGGUCUCAGUUAGAUUGGAGAAAACGAUUUGAAAUCAUCGUUGGAAUUGCACGAGGAUUGUCAUAUCUUCACCACGAUUCUCGAGUAAGAAUCAUACAUAGGGAUCUAAAAGCGAGCAACAUUUUACUAGAUGCCUCUAUGCAGCCAAAAAUAUCAGAUUUUGGAACUGCUAGAAUUUUUGGUGGUGAUCAAAUUGAAGCAAACACGAAUAGAGUCGUUGGAACAUAUGGUUACAUGGCGCCAGAAUAUGCAAUGGAAGGGCAUUUUUCAGUGAAGUCUGAUGUUUUCAGCUUUGGAGUUCUGUUGUUGGAGAUCAUCACAGGCAGGAAGAACACUACUCAUUAUCAAGAUCAAACGUUAAAUUUGGUUGGAAAUGUUUGGGAUUUCUGGAAUGAUGACAAAGCUAUACAAGUAGUUGAUCCUUUAUUAGGGGACUGGUAUGAAACUAGUGAAGUUUUGAGAUGCAUACAAAUUGGACUUUUGUGUGUUCAAUCAUAUGCAAAUGAUAGGCCAAUUAUGUCUGAAGUGGUGUUUAUGCUCUGCAAUGAAACAAAACUAUCUAACCCUGGACAACCUGGUUUUGUAUUCAGAUCAAGAAAUUCUUCUUCAAUUCCUUAUUCAUCAUCAGCUAGUGUUGGAACAUCUGUAAAUGACCAUUCCAUUACUGCACAACAUGCUCGUUAACGCUUCCUUUAGGUAAUUUACAGACGAUUUUUACAGUAUCAAUGUAAUUUUACUUGUUAUAGCAGGUUACUUGUCCUAAUUUCCAGGUAAACUACUUUAAUUUUUGCUAUGAAAAAUUAUUCGCAGUUAUCUUUUAAA